UCCGUAUUUCUGAAGGGCUACUUUCCAGUUAAAAAAGGUCUUUCAGGAUUUGCCCAAACUUUUGAAGUUCCCGCAUCUCCUGGAAGAGCAAAGAAAGAUGUCUCAUCGUUGACAGUAACAACUCGUUGUUUCAGUAGAAUUAUUAUAAUGAUUAUUGAUUCCUUGAGAGCAGAUUUUGUGUUGAAUUUACAAAAUGGGUCAAUGCAUUUUGUAAGUUCUUUGACUGAGAAAGGAAGAGCUUUGCCUUUUUUGGCGAAAGUACACCCACCAACAGUGACACUGCCAAGAAUAAAGGCUAUUACAACUGGAGAUAUACCUGGGUUUGUUGAUGUGGUACUCAACUUCGGCGUCAGUGGUCUUCAGGAUGAUAAUAUUCUUACACAGUUCAAGAUGGCAAACAUGUCCCAAGUGUUCUUUGGUGACGAUACUUGGAUCAGUCUGUUCCCGAACCACUUUCUCCGAUUUGAUGGAACUACGUCUUUUUUUGUCACUGACUACACAGAGGUUGACAACAAUGUGACACGUCACCUCGACUCGGAGUUGGUCGAUCCCGACUGGGAUGUCAUGAUUCUUCAUUACCUUGGUCUUGACCACAUCGGUCAUCUGAGUGGACCUACCAGUCCGUUGAUAGCACCAAAACUCAUUGAGAUGGAUAUUAUAGUUGAGAAGUUAUAUACUGCAAUGGAGAAAUGGAGUGAAACUGAAUCUAAAGCCAGUCUGUUGGUGAUCUGUGGAGACCAUGGGAUGAGCAACCAAGGGGGACACGGAGGGGCCUCGGUGGAAGAGACCACAGUUCCUGUCAUCCUUGCCAGUCCAGCACUGAAUGCAGAAAACAAGAAUCCAGAAGCAAUAUUUCAGACCGAUCUAGCUCCUACUAUGGCAACUGUGAUGGGAGUUCCAAUUCCCAAGAACAAUCUAGGUCGAAUUAUAUUGACCAGUCUGAUUGGCUACACUGUAGAAGAUAAGGUCAGAGCAUUUCAAAUCAAUGCCUUCCAAGUUUCAAAGAUACUUCAACAGAAUAUCCAUAACUGUGACAGAGAUGAUGGUUUCCAGGUUUAUAAACAGACUGAAAAGCGGCAUGCCAAAUGGCUGAAUUACAUGAAGAAUAAUGUGAGCAAGGCAUCAUGGGACAGAUUUGGCCACACACUGAUUGCCGACUACCAGCACAGUGUACGUCAGAUGGCUUCUCGAAUUAGUGCAACCUCUACCACAUAUGACCUCUACAGUAUGAUCAUUGCAAUAGCUUACCUGAUUAUGGUUUUCCUCUCACUGUGCAUCUUAAUCUGUGCACCAGAGACUUUUGUCUACAGAAUAUCAUCCAAUGAAAUGGCUGCAUUUGGCAUCUGCUACAUUCUUGGACUCAUUGGACAUGUGACUCUACCUUGUUUUUGUUUUCAGUUUAAAUCGGUGAGCAGUCUGGAUACGUUUCUCAUGAUAGGGACGUUUGUGCACACUGUAAGUCUUCUGUCGAGCAGUUUUGUUGAAGAGGAGCAUCAGACAUGGUAUUUCUACAGCACCACCAUUCACGUGAUGAUUCUUGCAAAACUGUCUUACCAGCAGGUCACACAGAGCACACUGCCCACAGGCCAACUCACAGAGCAGUCUAGUGUACCGCAUUCUAAUAAAGAAAACAAAGUGGAGAAAAAUUACCAGUUAGAAAAAGAUGUCAAAGAUGGUAUAUUCACGAAGUAUCAAAAUCCAGUAUAUUCUGAUUCCUCUUACUGUGGUGAAGUAGAGUGUCUACAGAAAGAUGACAGUGUGGUGGCUGAUACUGGUAAAUCCAGAGACACUGGGAAGUGUUCAUCAGGGGUAGCCAUCUUGUGUUUGUGGCUUGUGUUGGUUUUACUGCGCAUCCUGCGGACUUGGAACCAGACUGGAGAUAAGUGGCACCAUCUGCCAGAUGUUGGUGACUGGUUAGUGAGGUACCGUUUGUUUUUUAUUUUAUUAGUCUGCACUAGUUUAAAUACUGUGUCAUUUCGACAUCAACACAAAUUACUUUGUAUCCAUUUUUACUUUCUUUUUUAUUAUUCGAUUAACUGUACCUUAUACAAAUAUAUAUGUUCCUUUUGCAGGCCCGAAAAUAAAAGUAUUUUGUCGGGAACAGUCAUCUUUUCGAUGUUGUGCAUUGUUACUACAAGAUGUCUUCACAGGUCUCCUUUCCAGACUAGUCUCUUCAUCUGGGCCAUGAUCUGCGUUUACAGUUUUCGAGCUGCAAAUGGUGCAGUCUCUUUCCCAGGAAUAUAUAAUGGAACAUCCAAAGGAACAUUAGAGGCCCAGAUGGCGUAUGUGACUAUUGUGUUUUUGAUAAUGGAAGCUUUAGUGACAUGGAUCUACUUCUCAAUACGACAAGUACAGACUGAGCCGCGCUCUGCUGUGGUGUUGUGGGAUAGAGUACAGACAAUAUGGCUUACACUGAUUACACUUCUGUUACGACCACACAACUCUGCCGUGCUGGCUAUGUUGUCUGUCACCGAUGCCAUGGUAUCAAAAUAUGUUGUGUACCACAUAAAACAGCCUUCCUUCCUGCUUCUUUAUUGCAUGUGGAUGGGCGAAGCUGCCUUCUUCUUUCAGGGCAACUCCAACAGCCUGACAUCUGUGGACGUGACAGCCGGGUAUGCUGGUCUGGUUGACUACCAGCCAUUACUCAUCGGUCUGCUGAUGUUUGCAGCCACGUACGCUGGUCCAGUCUUCUGGCUGUUAUCAUUCUUCAAGUACAUCAAUACACUGCUCAUGGAUCAACAUCUGGAAACUUACAAACAGAGGUUGAAGUCCUGUUAUCGGAAUGCCACUCACACCCUACUGCUGACCCAGACUCUGACACUGGUUGUGUACACUGUGAUGGUAACCAUAGAGAGAUACCAUCUCUUUGUGUGGACAGUGUUUUCUCCAAAACUGCUCUACGAAGGAACAAGAACAGUUGUAGUCAGCCUUUUUUCUUGGACACUGUUACUCUUGUCAGAUCUUAUAGCUUGAAGUGACGACAACACUUGUAAGUAAACACUUGUAAGUAAGCAAGCUCGUUAGAUCAAUUCUUAAUAAUUUGGCCAAUCUUUUAAUUUAUCACCUAACUCAAGGGAGAUAACUUAUUUAUCUAGACAAUACUACUAAAAAAAAAGACAAAUACUGAAGACUAUUUACAUUUUUAUUUUUACCUCCCUUAAUUUUGGCAUGAGAUUGGCCAAGUCUAGAUUUUCGAUUUUCUGCACAAAACAAACAAUAAAUUCCAAUGAUCACCCAGAAGGGUUUUGAUGUCCUGAAGCCCACCACCACCACAAUAGGUGCGCGAACAACACAGGAUAAAUCCCAAUCAUGAACAGAUUAUUUAAUUCUAUCCCCGCCCCUGUUACUAACCUACCAUUGAUUACUGACUAGGGUAAACAAGACUUGUUGGAUGACACAAAAUUUUCAAAUGCUCCUUUUUUGAUACUCCGAAAUAUGUCCAUGUUUGGGACAUAGACAGGUAUCUUGAGGUCAUACUGAUGCUUUUAACACCCAAACGGAACGUUGUUGCCGGACAAAGUUGGAAGAAACCUUACUUCUCAUUGCAUUCUCAUGUUCUGACAGAUAUUUAAAGUACAAGUUGUACAAAGUAUCUGUUAUGAACCUUUUUUGCUUUUUAAUUUUUUUGAGAGUUACAGUUUCUUUCUUCAGUGCAGUACUUUUGCUAUUGUGUUCUCGCAAAAAGAAAUUCAGUACGUCCUUCUUGGUAAUUUCAUAUUUUGUUUCUCUUUUCUGGUUGGUUGUAGAAAGCUGAUUAUCUUCUGUUGCAGCUGAUUUUGUUAUACGAUGACAUAGACCAAACUGUUUUGCUUAGCUCUGAUAUCAGCCGAUAUUUCUUAAGAAGUUUACCUGCUAGAACUCGAACCACAGACUUUUUCUUGUAGUUGCUUGAACAUUUCAGUGAUUCUUUUAAUUCAGAUGUUAAUGUGUUGUGCAAGAGCAAUUUUUUCGUUAUGCGAUUUGGAAUAUUACCGGUGCAACCACGUAACAUUAUCUUUGUCAUACUGCGAGGGGAACUGACAGAUGCUGGUUCAGUUGUUUUUAUGUUUGCUCUAUAUGCUCUCUUUUUAUAUCUUUCACAUGCCUUCAUUUGGAGUUUAAUUGCAUCUUGAGUUUUUGUUUUGCUCUUUCAUCUUUUGGUAUCGCUUUUUGUAGUUGGUUAUUACCUGUACAGGUUCAACUGGAGAUGGAGGGGGACUCAGCGCAGUUGCAACUUGAAUGUCUUUUAUUUUUUCCGCCUGUUUUGUUGGUUCUGUUUCCAUUGUUUCUUUUUUAAUCUAUGUUCUCUAGCUGUCAUAUUAUUUACGUUUUUAAUGUCGCCUAUCAGUGUUCGUUUUUGUUAUCUUUCUUUUUCUUUUUGUUUGUAUGCUUCAUAUCUAGUUGGAUUCUGUUUUGUUCUCUCUCGCCAUAAAUGGCUACGUUCCAUGUUUGAAAGCGGCAUGGAAAACCUACAAGUAUAUAAAAUUAACUAAUAUGUUUUGUUUGUUAUUGUAAUCAUGUAGCUUUAAUAAUAUACACGAUUUAUCACUAAUAUAAUACAAAAUCUUAAAACUUAUUUAGAGAUGGGAAAUCCGCAACGAUGCAGUAUUUACCACGACGUCUUUUUGCGUUUUGGGAAUGACUGUUGGGGUAAUGACUUUUUAUUAACAUUUCAGCGUUUAGAAUUAGUAAAGACCAUUUAAGCAUAUUGUGAACUUCAGUGCAAUUUUUAAACUUUAAAACUAACCCCUAGUUAAUAUACAAAGGAAAACCAAAACCAAAACACAAUUUAGAUGUUCUGUAAUAUAUAUGGUAAUGACCAAAAAAAACUUACCUUAUGAACGUACUGCUUAUUAAGCAUCAUUUCCAGAAAACCAUCUCAUCAUAGAAUUAUCCUUUCAAAAUAGCCAAGUAACACUGUAUUGUUUUUUCAUAUCCGUUUCCUGUCUGAAAGGGUGCUGUUUAAAAAACAUAUUUUAAAAUAAUGCCUUGAUUCUGUUCAAAAAUGUUCACUGAAGAGAAACAGAAGACAAUUAAAUGUUAAAUUACAUUAUUUUGAGGUAAUGACAUAUUUUAAAAAUUAACAAAGUGUAACCGAUUAUAAAUUUAUACAGGAACAAAAGGGCAUCAAUUGUGCUCGAACAGGAUUUUUCACCCAAAUAUGAACAGGUGGCUGUUGAGCAGUGUGGAUUAUUUAUCAGUAAAAACCACCCUAACCUUGCUGCUUCCCCAGAUAGGACAGUAGAUGACAGCACCAUGCUUACACAUGUAAGAAUAAACAUAUUUCACCCCUCACUGUCCCCUAUUUAAAAGAACAUGGUGAUAUACUAACAUUGGAUACAAACCAUGAUUAUCACUAUCAGAUUCAGGGACAGUUACUGUGUAUUAACAGAAAAGUUUGCUUGCUUGUUGUAUAUACCUUUUUGGAUAUUGUGUUGGUACGGGUACUGUACAUUUCCAACCUACAUUGAUUAAAAAAAUCAUGUACAGAAACUAUUACCAUUAUAAAUUUUAUUAAAUUCAUGACACUGGUGUGUAUGUAAUAUAAAUAUAUCUGCACCACAUUUCUAUAUACUUACCUUUUCUGACACCCAAUAGCCCAUGUGUAUUUUUGUGCUGGGGUGUAUUAUUACUAUUAAACAUUGAUUCAUUCAUUCUGCACUACAUUGUAUGUAUUUUAUCACUAAAAUUUGGAUUUAGUUAACUAUGGAAUUUAUUUUGUCUAAUAAAAAGCUAUACAAUAGUUCCAUAUGUAAAUAAUUUACUAAUGAAGUUUCAUUGUUCAAACUGUCAACAUUGAACACUUGUUUUGAAGGAAUGUUUAAGCAUCUUGUGAAACAAUGUUACUUCUAAAAUUACACAAAUAAAAGCACACCUGAAUAAUU